ACCAGGCGAUCAUAAUUUACCUAUGAUAUAUAGAUGGUUUAAACAUGGUAUAUAUUAUGAUAAUGGUAGAAUACUACAAAAUAGAGAUGUUGAUGUAACUGAUAUACGAGAUGAUAUAAUCUGUAUAGCUACAGAUGAUCCGGAUUGUAAAUCUACUUUGAAAGAAUUAACAGUUGGUUCUAGAUUAAACACAGUUAUUGGGGACAGAAGAUGUAAUGAUGUUCUGGGUUUCUCAAAUAAUUUUAUUCUACAACCAGAAUUGACAGACCCUGAUUGUUGUCCACCAGCAGAAAGCUCAAUGUCAAGUGAUGACGUCGCUCUAGUGGACGUUGGUGAAAGGGUAAUAUUACUAAGGGAGAUAACUGGGUAUCCUAGACCUUCAAUUGAAAUGGAAUCGAUGAUAUUACCAGUAGGGAUUAACCGUCAUUAUCGAUAUAUUAAUUAUACUCUGAUUAAUACAGCUAAACAACACCAUUAUAAUCUUAGUCUUUCUGUAUAUGUUGUUACCAAAGAUUACAUUGGUAAAUACUGUAUUUACUUAAAGAACAAGUAUGGAGUCGUGCAGGUUUGCCACAUACUAAUGCAGGCUACCAAUGAUGUAAUUAAUAGUUCUACUGGAAUUGUUAUUAUCAUUUCUGUUAUUGGACCAUUUCUAUUAAUAACUGUCUUUAUAAUUGGUUUAGUUUUUGUCAAGAAAUGUUUUAAUAGUAUGGCUCCCAAUACAAGAACCAAUCCUCUUGAACAUCAUUAUGAACAAGUUACCAUGCAACAAUUUUCUACAGAUCUUACUACACUAAAUGUGCCUUCUAAUAGAACACUUUUACAUGACAGGGAAUCUGUAAUCACUUCUUCAACGCAAGUAUUUCCCGAAUAUAUACGACCUGUUUCAUUGAUUGUCAACGGACUACCGCAUUAUGACCAGCAAGAAAAUUUACUUCAUGGGGUCGAAGAUAAUAGUGAUAAUGAAGAUUCUGGUGAUGAUAGUGUUAAUGAUACGAAUUCAGCUUCCCUGUGUAUGAACUCUCCCUCAUCAGUACCAAAUGUUUAUGAAAAGCUCAAUAAAAAUACCCGAAUCAGACAAAUAAAUCUGUACAAAAAACUUAAAUGGUAAACUUCAAAAUUCAUCUCUAAUGCAUCCAGAACAUCACCAUAUACAAGACGUAUUAGAGAACUGAUGAACUAUCAGAAAUUGAACGGACAUAAUGAAGGCAAUUAACAGGACAGCCUUUCGAAAUAUUCUUCGUUAAACAUCCAACAUUAAUAUAUUACUUAAAGCGGAAUUAGGUAUGAUUGAUAAAGCGACGACAGUUCUCGCUAUAAUCGUUAUAAUAGCUAAAAAAAAUACAAUGCAAACGGAAUGUUACAAAAUGCUUCACUCUGAAUCUCACUAUCGGCGAUACGCGUGUAAUCUAGCCGCGAUUGUAAUUUCUACCGUUGUUACGUUAAUAAACAUCCACGAUUAUCCACUUUUACGGUAACCGCAUCAACAGCCAAACGCAUUUAAAUAUAUUUAAUAUCGAGAAUUGAUUAUGAUCUUGGCAGGUUAAUUAAUAUCUAAUUAAAGAUACAUUAUGGGAGAUUAGAUAAAGAUCUGGCAGUUCUCACUAUAAUAGUUUAAACCUAGAUAAUGUAAGGGGGAUUUGCUGAAAAUUUCAGUCAAAUUGAUCCACUCUGAACCGAGUAUUUAGCGAUUGAAAUUUGGGCCUAGCCUCGGUCAUCAUUACUAAAGUCGGUACGAUAACAAACAUAGUCUCGAUUAUCCAAUUUUUGAAUUAAUCAGAAGCAGCCGACCGAGUUCGAAUCCAGUAAAAAUCGCAGCCUAGCGAUGCCACCGUGAGUUGAUUAUGGUCUGGAUAAGUUAAUUCAUGUCUAAUAAUUUAGAUAACAUUUUAGGCUCAAAGAAUGACCUGCAAUUGGCAGAUUUAGCUCUUGCAUAUAUGUUUAAUAAUUUAUAUAAUAUUUAUGGUCAAAAUAAAGAGCUGUCAUAGGUAGAUUUAGCUCUUUCAUAAUGCCAGUUUAAUGUAAAUAUCUUUUUUGUACAGAUUUAAUUCGAUGCUUUUGUUAAAGUUUAUUCUAUUAUAUCCUUAUAUUUUAAGACAACGUUGUGGAAUCGAUAAUUGCUUUAUAUGCUUCUCGGAUUAUCAAGUUGUUUGGGAAGGUGGG